AUGCACUCGCUGCAGCAGCUUCAGGCGCUCGCCAGCCAGGAGGAGCGGCAGCUGCAGCAGCUGCAGCAGCAGCACAAGAUCAAAGUCUGGAGUCUGAUGGACCACUGGUCAAGUGGGGAGGUCGAGAUGCAGCAGCAGCUGCUGAAAACCGUGCUGCAGUUUGCUGCAGCAGAUGCAAAGCACUUGGACGAGCUCAGGGACGCCUGGAUCCAGCUCGCUUGCUUAUGUUCUCUGCCGCCAAAGCGAGCAGCUGAAGAAGACGCCUCGCUGCAAGCAGCAGCAGCAGCUAGACCAGGUGCAGCAGCAGCAGCAGCAGUGGACAGUCCUGCUGCUGCCUUUUCUAUGGAGCUGUCGAUAGCAGAGAAGAUCGGCUUCACUCAAGAGGAGGCUCCGCGCCUGCUUUUGCUCUGCUUGAUGCUAGAAGCAGAUGAACUUGCGAGGUGGGUGCUGCUCUGGCUGGACGCCUGCCUGCCUGCCGGCGCUGCAGCAGUAGCAGCAGCAGCAGCAGCAGAAGCAGCAGCGGGACCAGCACCACUGACAGCCGGCCCCAGCGCUGCAGACGAGCCGAUCAGCAGCAGCAGCAGCAAAGCUUUUGCUGCAGCAGAUGCAGCAGCUCUUUCUUCUCCAGCAGCAGCAGCAGCAGCACAAGACGCCCCUCCUGAAGCAGCUGUAUAUACACCCGAGAUAUACGCGCUUCUGCGGCGCCGCCUGCUGCGGCUACGGGCCAGUAGCCACCUGCAGAGCGGCAGCAGCAGCAGCAGCAGCAGUAGCAGCAGCAAGGAAAAGGUGACCCACAGGAGCGAAUCUGCUGCUGCUGGCCUGCGGCAGCGCACUCGCAGCUGCGGCCAACGCAGCAGCAGCACUUCGUCCGUGGAAGAGCAGCAGCGGCAGCAGCAAAGUGUCUCAUCUUUUUUUCCCAACGAGGACCCAGAAGAAGCCCAGCAAGAGGGCUGCUUCAGCGCCCAAGGCAUUUUAGCAGCAGCAACAGAAGUUGCUGCUGCUGCUGCAGCUGCAGCAAAAGGCGCUGCUGCAGCAGCUCACGCAGGCAGCAUCAUGCAAAUCAUUAAGCCCCUCCUCAUUUCCGAAGAAGAGCUGCAGCUUGAGGGUCAAGUCAGGAGACACGACCUGCUGCUGCAGCAGAGGCAGCAGCAGCACCAGCACAACCUGCUCCUGCAGCAGCAGCAGCACGACCCGCCUCCGCAGCCAGCAGCAGUGCUGCAGGAGAAGCAGCUUGUUCAUUCUUCCGAAUCACUUUUCUCAGAAUGCUGCAGCUGCUGUGGUCAGCCCUCUCCUAGACGGGAAGACUCUUUAGGUACUCCUGCAGCAGCAGCAGCAGCAGCAGCAGCAGCAGCAACGCCAACUUCUGCUGCUGCCACAGCUUCUCGUCGCGAUCGCUCUGCGGGCGUCCCCAAAAGGAGGCAGCACGACCCUUUUUCAGAAGCUGUGCUGCAGUUGCUGCAUGACGAGCAGCAGCAGCAGCAGCAGCAGCAGUUGCUGCAGCACCUCGGGGCAAAGAAGAAAAGACUAGCAGCUUCCCCGAAACGGCUGCCUUCAAGAAGCUCAAGCCGGCUGCUGCUGUCGAAAGAAGCCCUGGCAGUGGCCCCAGCCGCAGCAGAAUUCAAGGCAACAGCACCAGCUGCAACAGCAGCAGCAGCAGCAACGGCGCCAGCAACUGCAUCGGAAAAAGAGAGAAAUGCACACGAAGACGGAAUGGUCGCAGACGGCGAAGAAGCAGAUACAGCAGCAGCAACAGCAGCUGCAGCAGCAGCAGCAGCAGCAGCAGAUGAGUCUUUCGCUCUCAUGGAAGCGGCAGCAAAUGCAGCGCUCGCCUCUUUGUGUGACUCGCAGCAGCAGCAGCAGCAGCACGCAGAGGAAUUCCCAGUGCUGCAGUCCCCUAGCGGAUCGCCGUGUAGCUCUACACAUCUGGUCGAAGCAGCAGCAGCAGCAGCAACAGCAGGAACAGAUUCAGUUGCUGCAGGAGCCCCUCAGCAGCAGAUGGCGAGGGCGGAGGCAGCAGCAGCAAAAGUAGCGGCUGUAGCAGCAACCAGAGUAGUAGCGAGGCACCAGCAGCAGCAGGGAGCAGCAGCAGCAAAAGCAGCAGCAGCAGCAGCAGCAGAUAGGCUAAGUCGAGAUGCGAAAGGAGCGCGGUCAACUGUCAGUGUAGCAGAGGCCCAGCAGCAGCAGCGGCGUGAGCGGCAGCUGCUGUUGUUGCAGCAGCAAAGGCAGCGGCUGAGGCAGCAGCAGCUGCUGCAGCAGCAGCAGCAGCUGACUCCCCUCGAGGAACUGAAGCUGCGCAGGAGCAAAGUUAAGGAACUGGCGCUGCAGCAAAGGCUGAAAGCAAAUGGACUCGCGUAA